GUCGCGCGCGCUGAGGAGGCUGACGGAGGCGCUCGCGCGCGUCACAUUCUUCAGAUGGUCCGUUAAUCAUCAUAAAUAAAGAGAAAAAAUCACGGAAAUCCGCGACACACCGCAGCGAGCGCAGAAUGACUGAAGAUGGACGUUCCUGAAUAUCUGGAUCUGGAUGAAAUUGAUUUCUCUGAUGAUAUACCUUACGCAUCAAAAAACAUUCCAGAAUUGUGUCGAAGACAUGAUGGACAAAGUGAGGAGAGACAAGCUCCAGCCAUCAACUGGGCUCGAAGUGCACCAUCUCACAGCGGCACGGGAAUCAAACCCACCGGCAUCGCCGACGUCUACAGCAAAUUCAGACCCGUCAAACGCGUGUCUCCUCUCAAACACCAGCCCGAGGUCUCGGAGACGGACGCUGACGGUAAGAGCGGCGAGCAGAAUGCACAUGUAAACAAAGACGACUCCAGCAUUACUGAUGUUCAGGGGCUGAAGAGUAAAGUCUGUGUGAAUGGAGCUGUGUUUGGAGAGCUGGAGCACUACGAUCUGGACAUGGACGAGAUCCUGGACGUGCCCUACAUUAAAUCCAGCCAGCAGAUGGCCACUCUCCCUCGCGUGGGCUCGGAGAAGAGAUCCUCCAGUGACCAGUGUCACGUUGUUAAAGACUCGUCUCUCACGCACACAGAGAGCUUCAGCAGCGGGACGCAGUUCUGUGUUCUGUCACCCGUUAAUUGGCCUGACAUGAGGAAGUCCAAGUCUGUAGAUCAGGAUUACCUCAGAACACAAGCAGCUGGAUUUGAACACUCUCCAAACUCACUGCAUGCAUCUGAGACGGACAGACUCGUGUCCGGCCUGCCCUUCCCAGAUACACCAACUCAUAAACCCAGAGCUGAUUCUCCCGGCAGCCAGACGACGUUCCCUCUUCAGGGAGGGAAAGCAGCAGCACGGCAGGACAAGAGCUGGGGAGGAUCACGGGCAUUUGGAGAAUGUGAUGAAGAAACCAAGAAGAACCACAACAUCAUCAACAUCGUCAGAGAAGGGCAGAUCUCACUCCUGCCUCACUUUGCAGCUGAGAAUCUGGAGCGAAUCAGAGACGAGGACAGAAACAAUCUUCUGCACAUCUCUGCAGCUCAGGGUCACGCAGACUGUCUGCAGCAUCUGACCUCUCUGAUGGGCGAGGACUGUCUGAACGAACGCAACGAUCAACAGCUCACACCCGCUGGACUCGCCGUCAGGAACGGUCAUCUGGAGUGUGUGCGCUGGAUGGUGAGUGAGACAGAAGCAAUCGCUGAACUCAGCUGCACCAGAGAACAUCCCAGUCUCAUUCACUACGCUGCACGCUACGGACAGGAGCGUGUUCUGCUUUGGCUGCUGCAGUUCAUGCAGGAACAGGCCAUCUUUCUGGACGAGGUGGAUCAGAACGGAAACACUGCGGUUCACGUCGCAGCUCAGUACGGUCAUCUGACCUGUGUUCAGACGCUGGUGGAGUACGGCUCUAACGUGACGGUGCAGAAUCACCAGAGCGAGCGUCCGUCUCAGUGUGCCGAGCGUCAGGGUCACAGCACAUGCUCGCGGUAUCUGGUCGUCGUGGAGACAUGCAUGUCGCUCGCAUCACAGGUCGUCAAGCUCACCAAACAACUGCACGAACAAACUACAGCACGAGUAGCUCUACAGAAUAAACUUCAGCUCAUUUUACAUGGACAAGAACCAAACGGAAGCGCUCAUGUUCCUGCGGCUGAGUUGUGGCCAGAGAUGACGUUAACGGCUGAGGUCGCUGCUGAUAAUGGCCAGUGGAUUCUGAGACAGAGACAUGUGGAUGCAGAUGCUGGACUGAGGAAGGGGGCGGUGGAGGGCACCAGCGGGGUGGAGUUAGGGGCAGGGCCUGGAACUGGACCGAUGAGGAGGCAGGGCGUGGCGGAGAGGCAGGAACUAAAGCUUGCACGUCUGAAACAGAUCAUGCAGCGCUCGCUCAGUGAGUCGGACAGUGAAGCGUACCCGCCGGACGAGUCCAAACACUCCAGACCCGAGAGACCGACCCAACUGCCCAUCGCUGAGGCCGAGGAGCCCCCUGUCGGAUCACAGGUAAUGGCGAAACACAAACAACCGUCAACCAGUGAGCACAAGUUUUCCUUUGUGCACAGAACUUCCAAAUCUAUGGACAUUUACAACCCUUCUCCAUCAUCGGACAACAGCGACCCCGAUCACGACGCUAAAACAGAAGUGACGGGAGAAUCUCCUGAUAGGCCAAAGGUCACCACGAGUCCCAAGAGCGCUCUGAAAUCACCAUCGUCUAGAAGAAAGACCUCACAGAACCUGAAACUCAGAGUGACAUUUGACGAACCGCCACGUAAAGACGAACCUGUGGUGGAGGUGAAAGUCACCACCGGCAAAGAAAAGACGGAAUCAGGGAAACGGCCCUUUGGAACAUUCCGCUCCAUCAUGGAAACACUGAGCGGAAACCAGAACAGCAACAAUAACACUCAGACUAGCGCUGGUAAACAGUCAAACGCGGCUUCAGCACACAGUCCAGCGGGGAAAAAGACCGAAUCCAAGAGCAAAAACAAGCCAAGUGCCGUCUAGAGUCGACCGAUGUGCUGUUUCAUGAUUUAUUCAUGUCAGGAGUCAGUGUUUCAGAAGAAUCAAACUAUUAUUAACAUCGUCAAAUUAUUCUGAUGAAUUUGGAUUGAUUGAUACAAUUUAGAGCAUGAGAUUAGAAAUCAGGUGCUUUUGAAAAUCGUUUUCACCCUCUAAACUGCAAAAAGUUCAUGAUUAUGCAGUAUCUUUGAUCUCUAGUAAAAAUAUCGAAACAUCCUUAAAACAAGAUACAUUUACCUGGGAUGCAAUAUUGCGUGUGAUGUUAUGUAGGGAUGCACCAGUAUUUUUUUGGGACAACACAUUUCAAGAUUUUAACAAAAAAACUAAAGGCAGAUACCAAAAUUUUGCCACUUAUUUGUUGCCACUUACAGUGAAAGAUAAAUACAAGAUGAAAAAAAAAGAUUUUAUUUUGAGUUAUUUUGCACUUCUAAAACAUUUUUGCAUGUCUGUUUUUUCCUCGUGUGACCCCGUGUACACAUGCGUGGACGUUGUGUUUUGGCUUUGCUAUACGCUAUGCAUAAUUUAAUUUAAUUUAAACCGACUGAUUUCAGUUCAGGAGACUCUGUGCUGUCAGUAAAGGGUUAAACUUUAGACACACCGAGUCAUGUGACAAAACAACAUGGCAGCGAUCUCAGCGGAGUUUGUGUUUGGUUGAAAUGCCAACAAAACUACAUCUGGUAAGAAAUAUCAUUACGUUUUUACACUGAAACCUGUUUGAGUCAAAAGAUUAGAGUCUCUAGUUUCAUCCGAUAGGACAUUUUUAAAAUUUGAGCAAUUAAUCGCAAAACGGCAUGCUGUUAAACACAAUGACCACAUUUGUGGACUGUAGGCUCAUUUUCAGUUAAAAUAUCCAAUAUUCACUGUCUGUGUAUUAUCACACUGAGAAUUAAUGGAUGCAUUCAUAAGCUGAAUAAUGUUGCUUUCAGAGGCUUUAUAUGGAGUUAGGAUGAAAAUAAGGUGCAUUUCAAACUGUUCUGAGAUCAGUGCAGACAGACAGCACACUGGAGGUUAAGUCGUUCACUAAAUAGGGAGCAAGGGAGCAUCCUAUAGCUCUCUAUGCAGUUAAGUGCAUUCACUCCUAAAAUCUGAUCAAAAGUUCAGUUUCAGGCUGCAGAUGAUGUUUGGAUCACUCAACAUGUUUGACAGACAUGAGACAAUGAUAAUCAGUACAUAGAUUCAGAAUUUAUAAUGUAUCAUUUUAUUUUAACAUGAUUGACAGUGAUUGGAUGAUGCUGCACAUUACUUUGAAUCAGAAUUAAUUAUGAUAAUUUCUGAUGUAAUGUCUGUAACAUUUCAAAAACAUGAAUAAUCAACAGUCCUGGAAACAUCAUAAACUAUUUGAUUAAAAUCUGACUUUCUAUAUAUUGGUUUCACAACUUAGUCCCACUGUCUACAUACGAGGACAUACAUUUUUAGGAAAACUAUUUGCUCUAGAAAUUAUUAUUUUGUUGCAUGUUUAUUAGAUGCCACUAGUUACAAAUCAAAAAGGGGAUUUCCAUUCCAUGCACACAGCAGUCACGCUCGGAUCUCAGGAGGUUAGAACUCACUGUUCACAUAUUAUGAUAAAACAUAAAGAAAUGGAUAUUGUACAUAUUCAACAUGCGUUUUUGGAUUUAAUUUAUUUAGUUAGGUGUUUCUUUGUAUUACACAGAAAAAUGAUUACCAACUUUUUUAAAGUGCAAUAAAUGUACAUAAUUAUUAAUAGUCCAUCGUUUUGUUUUUUCAUAUCUGUGUUUUCAUGGAUGAAUGAUAUUCCAGUGGUUUUAAUUUGGUCAAUAACUGGCCGAUAAAUAUCAGUGGUCAGUACAUUGGGGCAUCCUUAAAAUAAAAUUAAACUUACAACUGACACAUUUCUACCAAUAGAGCUGGACAAAAUAAACAUUUAAAAUGAUCUGAAAACAAAUUAAUCAAAUGAUAUCUUGCUUCUCAGGUAAAUUUAUCUUGUUUUACUAAUGAUUAGAUAUUUUUACAGGAAACAAGACAGAGAUGGACAAAGAAAAGUCCAUCCCCCCAGUAUUACUGUAAAUGUAACACUAAUUUUGCAAUACUGUGAUUUUGUACAGGCUCAAUAAUCAGCAGAACCAGCGAUGUGUUUCAGAGGAUGAAGGCAGUCUGUAAUGAAUGAAUGAAUGUUCAGUGACCUCUUCGAUUCAUGUGUUAAAUCAUAUCUGAAAUAAUAUUUUUCAGACCUGAAUCUGUUCAGUGCUGAUCAGACCUGCUUGAGACUUGUGAUCAAAGUGUUUCUAAUGUAACAUUUAUAAUUCACAGAACUCUCACCACAAGUAAGUUUAUACGUAAUCUGUAAUGUUUGAGUAAAUGAAUGAUUUAUAAUUUAAGUACGUUUGAAUGCAAGAUGCAUUAUAUUAUUGCAAUCAUUGUAAUGACAUUUGGAGUUUGAAAUAUGUUUUCAACUAUUACAAGAAAGAGAUAGUAGCAACACAAGAAAAUAUUAAAAUAUUUACACAAACAUUCAUAUGUUAAUGUCUGAAUGGAUUUUCCACACUUCUCAGAGUUUAAGCAUUUCAUUAUAAAACAGCUGUAAAUAAUUGCGAUCCUCAUAAAGAACAGUGAUACAUUAUUGUGACAGUGAUUAAUUGAAUCACAUGUCCAAAGCAAGUCUAGUAUUGCCCUUGCAACUGGUGAACUAAAAACCACAAUGUUCUUUCCAGAAAAAUUAUUUAAUGGUUUACAAAACUGGAGGGUUUUACUGUUUGAAUCGAACCCUUUAAACUCAGAUGGGCCCGUGAAAAACAGUUGUCUAAAUAUUAAUAACUACAGUCUUGAACAACACAAAAUAGGUGUCGUUUGAAAGCUUAGAAGCUCUACUUUCCAAUGCAUGUAGACAUUAUGACCAAAACUGAACAAGUGCUUUUAAAUUUACAGACAAAUCAGAAGUGUUCCGUUUUGAUCAUUUAUAAAAAAAAUUGCACUGUUCAUAUUAUUGUAAUCAGUAAAAACAUCAAACUCAUCAUAUAGUCAUGUGUCAUAUGUUGUUGGAAAGUUCUCAAAGAGUAGAAUACAACCAGCCUAUUUGUUUUACUCACAGACAAAAAUAUAGCAAGUAAUAGCUAAGUAAAUGACUUUGACAAUUAUGUUGGUGUUGCUUAUAUGCCACGUUUUUGCUUAUAUCUUCACGAAAAAUAAACGGAACAUAUAAUAUCACAUAUCAUUAUUUAGAGGAGGUGAUUAUUUUUCAAACGAGUCCACACACAAGAUAAUCAGAUGUAUAGAUCAUUAGAUAAUCCACAUGAAGCACAAUGUUACAUAUGGCCACCAGGAGAUGGCGCCAAAUACAUGACACAGACUCAAUGAUGACUCAAAUGACACAGAAUGAAACUCAUUCUAUGAAAUCUCAUUACUAAAAUCAUGUCUGCAUGCUAUACAAACCUUUAGUCAUUGUUGUGUUUGCAUGUGUAAUUAGUUCUUAUGUACAAUUAUUAUGUUUUAUUUGUUUGGAGAUGUUUUUGGACACUAUGAUAAAUUAUAUUUGUAAUGUUAUAACUUUUGAUUGCUUUGUCGUAUCAACACAACAUUUGUGUCAG